GCUGUCGCCUGAAGGGUUGUGCGCCUCUGUUGCUCUAGCUAGUCCUCCUUGCAGAGAAAGUAUAGAUUUCUGAGCUCGUUUCUGGAUUGACUUGUGUUCAUUGUUGAUUAAACACUUGUUUAAUUUUGUAUUGUGCAUUUUUAGGCAACUAUUUUUAGGCCCGAAGCAAGUUUACCUAAAAACACAAGAUCCUUUAACUCUUAGCAACAAGGUAUCUCUGAAAAUUUGCAAUUUAAUAGAAUUUCAUCUUGUUUAAUAAUAUCGCAUACGUCAACGAGUAUACAAUCCAAGAUCCAGCAAUUUCCAACGUGUAAACUGAACGUCUGCGUGCCGAGACAGCGAAGCGGGGGAAAUAAUGGGAGCGUAUCUCAGCGACCUCUGGGACUCAGCAGCCUCUGGGGAGCAACCUACCACGAAACGAAAGCAACACUGCCCCUUCUGCAAUAAUCAUGGCAUCAAUAGGGUGAAGAAGGGGCACGUAUGCGAGUACAAAGACUGCCCCUGCAUGCUGUGCCAGCUCACGGCGAAGGCGCAGGUGACUUUUCGCCUCCAACAGGCGCGGUGGCGCCACCAGGAGCUUGAGAUGGCCAAGAAUAAGCUCACCAGCAGGCAGUUGUGUGCAAAAUGCCGUAACCACGAGAAGUUCUCCAAAAAACAUGGCCUGAAAUGCGAGUUCGCAGAUUGCAACUGUGCAUUAUGUCUCCUGACCGACAAGUGUCGGCUUGUCAUGAAGCUUCAGAUGAGAGUGCGACGGGAGAAGGUGACCUCCGAGAUCUCAAAGGAAACAGAUGACGACGAAGACAGUAAUGGCCACGGAGGAUCUCAGAACGAUGGAGAGACAACGGCAGCUAGGAGCCUUGGUACUUCUCAACCAAAAUGGUAUAGGCUGUGCGACAAGCUCUGCGGCAAGCUGUGCGGCAGCCACUGAUCCAUUACUUACAAUCGUCUGGUCGUCGAGCAACUACAACCAUUACAAAUUGUAGAGGGAUCGAUGUUCGUCAAAAUUGAAGAUACACGCCAAAAAUUCUGUCUAACGACAAUGAUAAACUUGAUCACUGUAAUUAAUGGUGUGGUGAGUUAAAUAAUAUUGUGUUAAUUACUUAAUCCAUGGCAGGAUAGAUUGGUGCUAUUAUGUCGACCGAAAUACGACUCAGUAAAAUUAUUCAAAUGUCCCUCCAGGGCAUCCACGAACUUUCGUUGGGGUUGAAACGCCAAGCUAAAUUAACGAGUGUGCUCGAAAAAUUUAUUACUUUGAGUGACGUAAUCGUGUCUAAAAUUACCACAGACAUUUGUCUCGUGUCAGUGAGCACUAAUCUUAAGGGGAGAGUCUGGGGAAAAAUCGAUAAAUUUGGCUUUUUUUCUUCGCUCAUUUUGUAGCUGCAGAAAAGGCGCAUUUAACGCAGCAAACCGCAUGUACGUGCGUGUUUUAGUUUUUGCGAAAAGAAAUUUCAAAAAUAUAUAAAUGAACAUUUUUUAUUAAUAUGUACAAA